AUGAUAUCAAAGGCAUGCGAAGAAGGGUUAGAUAAAAUGAAACAAAAGGAAUAUGGAUUUAAUAUACUUCAUGAACCUUCAGGAAAAGGAAAUCUCGGACUUGUAAAAUCUCUAAUUAAAUGUGGCAGUAACAAAGAAGCAAAAGAUGAUGGUGGACGUACUCCACUUAUUUGUGCAUCAAAUGGGGGUAAUCUUGAUGUAGUUAAAUAUCUUAUCUCUAUUGAAGCUGAUAAAGAAGUAAAAGAUGAUAUUGGAGCCACCCCACUCUACUGGGCAUCAAAUAAUGGCCAUCUUGCGGUAGUUAAAUAUCUUAUCUCUAUGGGAGCUGAUAAAAAUAUAAAGAAUAAUCGAGGAAUCUCACCGCUUUUUAUCGCAUCGGUUCGGGGCCGUUACGAUGUAGUUGAUUAUCUUGUUCGAUUGGGAGCUGAUGUAAAUGAACCAAAUUGUGAUGGUUGGAUUCCAUUAUUCGCUGCAGCAUAUGAAGGACAUCUUCGUGUUGUUGAAUAUCUUAUUUCUGUAAGGUCUAAUUUAAAUCAUAAAGAUAACUCUGGUAGAACUUUUUUAGACAUUGCAAAUAAUAAAAUUCAAGGCACCAUCAUCGAUUUGUACUUUUAA